UAGGCCUUGGGUAUUCAGUCCAGGAUACCAGUUCAAUACGCCAUAGUCUCUUCCGGUCUCGGCGUUGCCGUCAAAAUCAAAUUUUAAAUUUCGUCUUUUAGUUUCAAAAUUUUAAGUUGCUCUUCUGUUUGCAGGGUUCGAAAAGUUACUCUUGACCUUAUUUACGCUUUUUGACCACAUAAAAGAUCUUCGCGUAAAGUUCUCUUUGGGUUUUUAUCAAAAUGUCUGAGAACCAAGAUAGCCAGAAAGGGAAAAUUGCCCGAAACUUUCUGUACAUGCUCGAGUUUGUGGUGGACGAUCUACUGAUCACGCGCCAGAAUAUGUGUGCUCCCGAAGAAUAUCCAACCUGCACGGAGAUCACGUUCCGGUCGUCGGUGUACGUGAACAUAUGCGACCGGGAGGUGGGCACCUGCGUCAAUCCCAACUCGCCCAAAUGCGGAAAGUGUGCCCUCUUCACCCUGGAGUCACCGAUCACAAACAAGGACAAGUUGCAGGUGCAUGUCUAUAAGAAGCGCACGGAGAGCUGUAAGUUCCUCAUUGGCCUCACGGAGGUGGCGGUUAAGCCGAUCUUCGAUCGGGUGAAGGAGUCCUUUGACGCCGAGAAUCCCGAUUGGGAGGGUGCCAUGAUGGGCCAUGUGGCCCAGCUGCCGAAGAUGAAGGGUCCCAAUAGCAAGGGGCUGCUGGACAAUUGCGCCUGCUACGAGAAGCUGAACGAGCGUCACGAGCAGUGGUGUCCCACAUCCGAGCUAUCCAAGCGCCUGCUUCCCCUGUUCAAUCUCUGCAAGAUGCAAACCGGCAAUAUAGUGCUCAUCAUGCGCUUGGUCUGCAAUGGCCCGACCAUUGUCUCCACGUUCCCCUUCAGUCGUAUCUGCUCGAGGAAUCCCAAGCCGCUGCCCUGUCCUCCGCCUUGUGAACCCUGCCCAUGCUCGCCAUGUGAUCCUUGUGAUCCCUGUGAUCCCCCGCCUAUGACAGCCACCGGUGGACCCAUGAACAAGUGCAAGCCCUGCAAGCCCUGUCAGAAACCACCGCUCAGGAAGUGCAAAAUGGUGGAUCCCUGCGCCCCGCGCGUUGAGCCCAUUGCCAAGUGUCUACGUUACUACGCCUGCAAUGUGGACAAGCUGUGUCCCACCGAUUACUGCGAGGACGAGUUCGAUAGGGAGUGUCCCACUGUUCCCUCGAAGCGGUGUCCUCCUCUUUCGCCCAUUGAGCAAAAGCUCCAGAAGUGCGGUCCUUGCGGCGGUAUACCGCCUUAUCCCCGCUUUAUCCAGGAGCGCAUGACUGCGGACCUUCUGGGCAAGCCAAAGGACGAAAAGGACGCUAAAAAUGGAAAGGAUGCAAAUGGCAAGGAUGGCAAGGGCAAGGAUGGCGAGGGCAAAGGCAAAAAGCGGCAAAAGGGAGGUGCCGUCUUUCGGGUGGGCGAACUAACUGGUCCCUCUGCGGUCUAUAAAGCUGGGUGCGAACCCGUCUGUGGGGGUGCCUUGCAAGCAUGCAAGAAGACGAGGGUCAUGGAAGCGAGAGCGGCUACGGAACAGAACAGAUCCUGCGACGUGUGCCAGGCGGAUUACAGUGUGGCCUGUGAAGACGCGCGAAAACGAGCUGUACGGAAAUUGCGCCAUUUGAUGGUGAAGUACAAUAUCAAAAUUGAUAAUUAGAGGUCUUUCGAAGCAGACCACGCUCACAAGUCAUCACUAGCAAUC